AUGUUGUUCGAUCAACAACUGGAAUUCGAAACGCUCUGUAUUCACUUCAAGGGAUCAAAGGAUGAAAAGUUGUUGUGGAACCAAAUAUCCAGUAAUUUGCGACUGGUUGAGUGUCUCAUCAUCUCGUCUAGUUUUGAUAAUGAUUUCACACCAGUUUUCACUUCAUGGCCACAAGAAAUUAUGAUCGUGCGUUCCGCUUGGUUCACUCUGAAGUCUCUCUUGGCGUGUGCUUCUUUUAUAAUUACACUUUACAAUUCUCAUCUGGAAAACAAGGAUAUGGAUAAGAUACUCAGAGAAUGGAAAGCUGGAGAGUUACCGAAUCUUAAAAGUCUGACGAUUACCAGCUUGGAAUUCACAGAUGAUGGAGAACAAACUUUGGGAAUGAAUCUGAGCGAAUUAAACGGAAUGGUUCUCAAAACUGAUGAUGGAUUAAAAAUGGCAACUAUUGAACUUGGCCCCCAUCGUAUUGAAAUGUCUGUGACUUCAUUUGAAUGA